GUUUGAACGUUCAAGCACUGUUACGAUACCCAAACAAACUACCAAAGGAGUACCAGGGGAAGGUAAGCUAUGUACAAGGAGACGUGUUUAAUACUGAAGAUGUGAGGAAAACCUUGGAAGGCCAGGAUGCUGCCAUUGUGGUCUUGGGGACUGGAAAUUCCGUCGGUUCCAAGGGGCUGACAAAUGUCAUUGCAGGGAUGAAGGAGUUGAACAUAAAAGUUGUCUCGGUUUGUUUAUCAUCAAAUGUGUUCAUCCCGCCAGAGAAGGACCGGCCCAUGUUCCCAGGGGUGGUUGCUGAACACAGGAGGAUGUUCGCGAUCCUGAAGGACAGUGGAUUGCAGUGGAUAGCCGUCAACUCCCCGUACAUAAUGGAUAUGCGGCCGACUGGGUACAUCACAGCUCACAGUAUAAUCAAGGGCGACCCGGGUGUGUCCAAGUACGAUCUGGGGCGAUUCUUCGUAGACUGCCUGUCAAUGCCGGAGCACUACCAGAAGUCAGUAGGGAUCACUUCCAAGCGGUGAACUAAAGACCGAAGACGACUUUAUGCUACUAUAAGAUAUUCUUUAAUUAUGGUCAACACUUGGUGUUAUCACUAGAUAAGCAAGAAACCUCUUCUAGCAAUCAGAACCCAGCUGUGAGAUGAUGUUUUCCUCGAGACCUGCUCUCAAGUAUUUUGCUUUGAAAUUUGACUUUAGUGGCACUUAG